AUGUCGCUAUCACAACCAAGUGCCUCCGCUGUCGGAUUUCUCAGUUUACCUGUCGAAGUUCGCAAUGAGGUUUACAAAUAUGUACUUACGGUACCUGACACAAUCUAUCUUUUUCAAGAUCCAGGGGGCCCAGUGCAGAGCUUCGAACCCCAAAAGCCUUAUCGAUGGCUUGCAUUGCUAUACAUCAACCGACAGAUAUACGACGAAGCCAAAGUAGUUCUUUAUGGCACGAACCAUUUCACUCUUCAGGAAGUGGAAACAAUGCAAAGCGAGGGCGGCCUUUUGAAGUCCUUUCUGAACUGCAUUGGACCUACAAAGAGGGUAGAAGGCCAGUCAGGAGAAGUCAGGCUUAGAGAGGACAGCUUGCAGAGCUUUCAGCUUCUCCAAAAAGAAUUUACACACCUGAAAACGCUGGAAACUAUCGCCUACAGCCGGAAUUCCCGCAGCCUGCUCCAGGGGAAUCUCGACGAUACCAAGCCCGCUCAAGAGGUGUUCUUGGAAAUCGAUGCGCAAUUAAAAGGCAUUGUCUCUCUGAAAAAGUUCACUAUAAGGGUUUACAGUGGAUCUCCGGACACUUGGGCAAGAGAAUUUCUGCAAAAGCUUGGAUGGGUUGUCUUGAUCAAUAGAUAG